UACAGAGUCACACAAUGCCAACGUUUACAAGAUCUUUGCAGGAGCAAACAUGAAUUUUAUUCAGACUCGGCUUGACCUUGGCUGCACAGAGAACACAAAGCAGAUACUCACAUUGGAUGAAACUAUUGUUGAGAGAUGGAUCAACAUUGGGCAUGGAAAAAAUGCAGAAAAUGAAAUUGAUCUGAUAUUUUCUUCGCCAUCCUGUCUUGUUGGGAGCUUCAUCAAGCCAAGUGAUGGAGACCAGUGCAAUGUCGACUUGGAAUCUGCCAGAGAAAUAUUUAAGAAGCUUACUGAGAAAGACUGGGUUGUCGAUGAGAUAACGUCCGGCCUGGAAUCAAAAUUAAUUCCAAACCUUGGGACGUCUUGCCAAGACGAAGAAGCUUUGAUGAUUUACCUGAUUCUACCAGAGUGUUCUAUAAUGCAGAAUGAGAAUAACAUCGACACAUUGGUUGCCGGCUUUGUUAAAGCUCUCGCAUGUCUGGAUCCUGCCUCAAAAACUACACUGGGAAAAUACUGGUCGACCCUGAAAUCAUCCAACCUGAAUGUACUUGUCCAGAUGAUUAGGACUCUGUUGAGCAACCGGAUUAAAGAGCUUAAUUUAUUGCUACUGCGGGACCAGCAGCUCCAGUUUCACCAAUGUCCAAUUGUUCUAAAAGAGGUUCUGGACGUACUGGAGUUGGUUUAUGAAGCAAAUAGCAAGUCAGAAUAUGGCAUUCCAGUGAGCAAAUUCUACAUCAGUCUUGACGGCCUGUUUCCACUUGUAGGAAACCCACUGCCUGAAAUUGCACAGUUUUUUCUCUCGUAUCCAUUCACCCUUGAUCUAUCUGCCAAGGUUCGGAUGAUUUACAUUGAUUCACAUAUGAGGAGAGAGACGAAAGUUUUGGAUACUCUUCGCUUCACAUUCCGCAACUUGCUGGCAGGAAGCCCAGAACCACCCAAAAGUCUCGUGCUCGAGUUGAUGUUUGAUCGCCAAAACUUAGUUGCUGAUACAUUUGAAAAAUUGAGUAAGGUGGCGAAGGCUGAUCUACAUAAAGAACUUAGGGUGACAUUUAAAGGGGAGCGUGUCCUCGAUCCGAGAGCUAUGAGAAAUGAAUUCUUCAAAUUUGUUUUUCAAGAGCUGGUGCAGCCAGAUUCAAAGAUGUUUAUUUAUUUUCAGAAUUUCAGAACUAUUUGGUUUCCUUCUCAGGUCAAAGUCCCCAUGAAGAACUACUUCCUGCUUGGAAGAUUGUGUGGUCUUGUUGUGUACAACAAGUGUGUGAUUCAUAUCCCCUUUCCACUCGCACUGUUUAUGAAGCUACUGAUGAGCAAGCCAUCUCUGAAGAAUCUAUCAGAAAUGGAUCCUGAUUCCUACAGAUAUCUGAGAGGUAUUUUGGACUAUGAUGAUGUCGAUGAGCUUGGCCUUGACUGUACGAUGCCCUGGGAAGAGCAAUAUGUUGAAGUCAUUCCAAAUGGCAAAACCCAACCUUUGACUAACAAGAACCGGGAGAUAUUUGUAGAAGACUGCGUGAACUACAUAUUCAAAACUUCAAUCAAAAAACCCUUUGAUGAAUUUAGAAAAGGAUUCUUUCAGAUUUUGGAUGAAAAUUUGAUUAAAUACUUCCAUCCUCAAGAGCUGAGGGACAUGUUGAUUGGAAGUAAUGACUAUGACUGGAAAAUGCUGGAGCAGAUUACAGCCUAUCAAGGAUACCACAUAUCACACCCAACCAUCAAGAUAUUCUGGAAGGUUUUCCAUGAAAUGACUUUGGACGAGAAGAAACUAUUCCUCUCAUUUAUCUUCGGAUCCGAUCAAAUUCCAGUGAUGGGAAUGAAGUGUUUGAAGAUAAAAAUCUCUUCAUGUGGGUGGACUGAAGAUGAUUAUCCAGAGGCAGUCACUUGUUUUGACAUCUUGCUUCUACCAGAGUAUACCAGUCCAGGAUCUCUGAGAACAAAACUGGUGACAGCUAUCAAAUCUAAGAAGAAACUUAAUAGAGAAUGAAGCUACUCAGCAAAAGAGACUGCAGCUUUUAAUGGAAGAAACAUUAGCAACGACACACUAUCCAAUGAUCCACACCUGCACUUAUAUCAAAGACUAGUAACAGCUGGGAAGAAACUGUCCCUAAAUCUGGUGGAAAUGUUCAAGACUGGAAACCUCUAUGUUCAUGUUGGAAAGCAAAGUGUUGUCAAACUUGUGUAUGAACAGAGCAGAUUUUGAAAUUGGAGUGUAAUUUCUUCUGCACUCUUAACGGAAGUUUAUUUUGCAACUAUUUAGGAGGCCCUUUGGCCCAUCAGGUCUUCGAACAAUCCCUUUGGUCUCAUUACCUUUCUCAUUUCCCUGUACCCGGCUUUAUCUAUUUCUCAGGGCAGCACAGUCGCGCAGCGGUAGAGUUGCUGCCUUGCAGUGCCAGAGACCUGGGUUUGAUUCUGACUAUGGGUACUGUCUGUGUGGAGUUUGCAUGUUCUCCCCGUAGCCUGCUUUGGUUUUC